CGAGAUGGGUCCUCUUAGCGAUGACGUCAGUCCUGAUUUGGAGACGAUGGAGCUGCAACUUCAACGUCGUAGCACAGUAUGUUAAGUUACGGUUCGUUUAUUUUAGUUUUAAAUGUACAGUGGGUUUUAUAAGACCCCAAAUGGAACAAAGUGUACUUAUGCCAAGUUGAAAGCUCCGAAGAAAGUGCCCCCCACCGCCGUCAUGCCUCAGAAGAGCGCUCAGACCACCCACUACAUCGAGCUGGGGGGCUACCAGUACUGGCCAGUGUUGGUACCCCGCGGGAUCCGCCUGUACACCUACGAGCAGAUCCCGGGCUACCUGCGUGAGAACCCGUACAUCACGGAUGGAUACAGGGCCUACCUGCCCUCCAGGCUCUGCAUCAAGAGCCUGUUCAUCCUGUCCAAUGAGAGCGUGAACAUCUGGACUCACCUGCUGGGCUUCCUCUUCUUCUUCUUCCUGGCCGUGUACCACAUGGCACAAGUCCUGCCCCAGCUAGGGGUCUCGCGCGAGGACUACGUCAUCUACUCCGUGGGACUCUUCUGCUUCCAGCUGUGUCUGCUGUGCUCAGCGGGCUACCACUUGUUCCGCUGCCACCGCUCGGAGAAGACAGGCCGACGCUGGAUGGCGCUGGACUAUGCCGGCGUGUCGGUGGGCAUCCUGGGCUGCUACGUGCCCGCCGUCUUCUAUGCAUUCUACUGCAAUAACUACUGGCGUCAGGUGUACCUGGUUACAGUGCUGGCAAUGAUCCUGGCUGUGUUCUUGGCGCACAUCCACCCCAACUUCCUAAGCAAGCAGUGGCGCCGGCCUCGCCGGUUGGCCUUCUGCGCACUGGCGUCAAGCGGCCUGGUGCCCGUCCUGCACUUUGUCUACGAUGCCGGUGGCUUCUCCACGGACCUCGUGCAAUCUUUCAUCCCGCGCGUGCUGGUCAUGUAUUUGAUGGCGGUGUUGGCGCUGCUCUUCUACAUCUCCAAAGUGCCUGAACGAUACUUCCCAGGCCAGCUGAACCUUGUGGGCUCCAGCCACCAGCUGUGGCACGUGCUGCUUCUGCUCAUGUUCUACUGGUGGCACCAGUCGUCUUGUUACAUCAUGGCCUACAGACAUAGACAUACAUGCCCCGCCAUCCUCGUUGGGACCAACGCACACUCCUAGCCUACAUGGAAAACGACGACACGACACGCUUUUAUAGUCACAAAACGGCUCAUUUGCCCCCAGCAUGCACUGCUGCUGAAGAGCGCGCCAGUUCAGGACAGGAGACAACGGCCACUACAUGACAUAGAACGCCGCAAAUUUCUUUUGCGGUCAAUGAUGACAUUAACUCCAAAAUACCAUCAGAAAAUGUUACUGCUGAUUGUAUGCCACUGACAAGUUAAAAGCUAAUUUUGUCUUUGUUAGCAAACAAACAAAA